CUCUCUCCGCCAAGCGAUUGCCGAUGUACUGUACUGCCGGAGGUAGAUAUCCUGAUGAACUCCACCUCGAAGAACCAUAAGCUUGUAUCCAACGUCAACCAGCAAAUAUAUUGUGUAGUAUUAGUGCUUCGAUACUCUAGGAAAUCCUCCGACCCUACAGGACCCUGAACGAUAAAGGAUCCAGCUCUCCACCAAAGAACCGGUCUUCCAGACAGCAGAUUCCAAGCUUGGAGCUCACCUCGUCUUACUGCAUGAUACUGCAAACUACCUGAACAACAUGGCCGACCACAUAACGUCGAAGCUAAAUCCUGACUCGCAUCUCCUUCUUGAUCAGCCACUUCUCCGCUUACCUUUCGAGCUCCUCCGGAAGAACUUCAAAGUUGCCCAUUUCAACGUCGAGAAAGAGAGUGCGGCAGUCAAGAGCACCCUGAGAGACACUGCAAACGCAUCUCUCAACUCACGCGCCUCGCCUGACGAUGUCCUCAAGAAUGUGGAUUCUAUGAUCGCUCGGAUGCGGGGCCUGAAACGGAAACUCAACGCAUGUUCGGAGGAAGAGACGAGGCUACAGGAACAAUCACAGAGCCGAGUACGGCAUUUAGGGGAACUAUAUGGCAUACAGAGUUUGGACGAUGUUAAAUAUGAGAGAUGGAGUAGGACACGGCUGGACCGGUUAUUGGUGGAUUACUUGCUGAGGUAUGGGUAUAAAGAAAGCGCUACAGCGUUAGCAACGGAAAAGAACAUUAGAGACUUGGUCGAUGUGGACACAUUUGUCCAUAUGAGUAGGAUAAGGGAGAGUUUGCAAAAUGGGAGGGUAACAGAAGCCUUGACGUGGUGCAACGAGAACAAGAAGGAGCUCAGGCGAAUGGAGAGCAAUCUCGAAUUCAUGCUUCGGUUUCAGCAAUAUAUUGAGCUUAUACGGACACAAGACCAUUCAAAGCUCCUCGAGGCAAUAGCACAUGCCAAGAAGUACCUUCUGCCCUUUAGGGAUACAUAUCCAAAGGAAGUCCAACAGGCAUGCGGCCUGCUAGCCAUCCCACCAAGUACACGAGAAGCAACCUAUGCUGAGCUCUACAGCCCGUCUCGCUGGACCACCCUGGCGAACCUCUUCAUGCAAACUCAUAACAAUCUACUUGCUCUACCCCCAGUCCCGCUCUUACAUAUUGCCCUAUCAGCGGGUCUCUCAUCUCUAAAGACACCUUCCUGCCACUCUUCUCAUGCAUCCUCAUCCUCAAUCUCACCUACCUCCUCUUCCUCAAUCACCACCUCUGUCUGCCCAAUUUGCAGUAUAGAGCUCAACGAUCUAGCACGGAAUGUUCCGUAUGCACAUCACACCAAAAGUCACGUGGAAUCUGAUUUGGUGCUGUUGCCAAAUGGCUGCGUGUAUGGGAGACAACGGUUGGAGGAGCAUAGCAGGAAGGCGGGCCUGAGUGACCAUCUCCUCAAGGAUCUGAGGAGUGGGGAAAUAUUCUUAGCUGAUGAUGUUAAGAAGGUGUAUAUCUCUUAGUAUAGAGAAUAAUGGUCACUUGAAUGGAAGGGAUU